AUGGCUGGUUUUUUCACGAGGAAGACAUUCGAUUUUAGAGUUCUCUUGACUCUCGUGAAAUUUUUUCUUCAGUUGAUUGUGAGAGGAUCUUUUACCUACUCAUCUGAAAGUGAUGUUGAAUGCCUCGAAGCUACAAAAGAUUCUUUGGGAGACCCAAAUGCUUACCUCACAACUUGGAACUUCGAUAACAAGACUGAAGGUUUUAUAUGUAACUUUACUGGAAUCGAUUGUUGGCAUCCGGACGAGAACAGGGUCUUGAGUAUUAGGCUUGGGAAUAUGGAACUUGAGGGGCGGUUUCCUCUUGGUGUUGCUGGUUGUUCAUCCUUAACUAGCUUAGAUCUUUCUAAUAACACGAUUUAUGGAAAUAUUCCGAAUAAUAUCUCUAACAUACUUGGAUUUUUGACAAGUCUUGAUCUCUCGUCCAACCAGUUAUCUGGAAAGAUCCCUCUGAAUCUUGCAAAUUGCACUUAUUUGAAUGUUCUAAAACUUAACAACAAUCAGUUGUCGGGCCAAAUCCCUGCUAAGAUUAGUCAACUCAAUCUGUUGAAGGAAUUUAGCUUGGCAAACAACAAAUUGACCGACCAAGUUCCACAAUUCAGUAGUAAUGCUACUAUUUUGCCUGAUAGCUAUGCCAAUAAUGCAAGACUGUGUGGCAUGUUUUUCUAUUUGCACAAGGCGCUCAGAAAGAAGGAAGAAGAAGAUCCUAAUCUGGGCAACAAAUGGGCAAAGAGUAUCAAGGAUGCCAAAGCCAUUAAGCAUUCGAUGUUUGAGAACUCAGCUUCUGAAAUUAAAUCGAGUGAUCUCAUGAAGGCGACUAAUGACUACGGUAAAGAGAAUAUAUUUGGGUUUGGAAGAAUAGGGACAAUGUACAAGGCUGAACUUGAAGAUAGCACCUGCUUCAUGGUGAAGGGAUUACAUCCUAAAGAGAGGCCUACCAUGUUUGAAGUGUACCAAUUUUUGAAAGCUAUUGGACAACGGUAUAAUUUCCCAACAGAAGAUGACAUCUUGCCAUCGGACCAUGGUGAUGCUGAUCAACUAGUCGAACUUAUCGUCUCUCGAGAUCCAUGGAGAUCUACGAAAAGAUGUAGUGACAAUUACGAUGAGUGA